AUGGCACUGCUUUUUAUAACAGCGACCACAGCUCAAAACAUUGCAGAUGAUGAGUUCACCUCAGGAGUGCUCCGUCAGGCUUCUACCGACGAUAUACUUUAUCCUUCACCAGCAGCGUGCGGAAGCGGGCAACUAACCAUUUGUGUAGGCUGUCGAACGGUCAAGAUAUGCGUCGGUACUGACGAUACUGCUAACCCAACGCAAAUCUGCCCUUCUUCAGCUCCGUUCUGCAACAUUGCCGAGGGUGGAUGUUCAACAAUACCGGACGAUACCCAGGAUGCAUGUUCGGAGGCAUCUGAAAAUUUGAAAUUCCGUUGCACCGGCAAAGGAAAGUAUCCAGAUCCGUUAUCUUGUGAGGGAUAUUAUUACUGUUCAGGAGUGGAUCGAUCUGAUGACGCGUACAGGUGCCCUUCAGGUUAUACGUUUAACAGUAAAGUUCAACUGUGCCAACGCUACUAUAGGGGAUGCCAGACCGUCAACUGCACAACCAACGGUCCAAUUAUAAAAGUUUACCCUCCCAACAGUCAGUACUUUUACUACUGCCAAUACAAUUUUGCAGACUCCACGACAGAUCCGAGCAUCGUCAUGUUCUCUUGCGGUGAUAGCGCUACUUUUGAUACCAGUGCUAAUAAAUGUAUCUACAAAUGUAGAAAAGAAGGUUUGUACGCUAAGUCGAGCAACCCGAACGCGUACUAUCAGUGCUACUGGUACAAUGGUAGACUGACAUAUAUCGAACGUUCCUGUCCACAGUCCACCCAGGUGUUCGACGAUACCAAAAAAUUGUGCCUUGCUCAUACAGGAGAUUCUGGCAAGCGACACCACGAGCACAAGCAUUAUUAA